UGGCUCAAAAUGGCGGCUCCCUGCAGUAGCAUCUGACAGGCGAUGACUUAGGUCACAGUUACAGCUCAAGUCUUUUAAACUUAAUAAGAAGUAGAGCCAUGUUCCCAGAAACGGCUCAGUGCUUAAAAGCUGCGUCCUCGCUGUUUUCUCAAACCGUUUAUCUGAAGGAACUGAGGCGGUUGUCCGCACAUGGAGGAGCCCGGAGGCAUUUCGGUGUGAGCCGCUGUCUCACAGCCAAGGUUCCUCCAGCGCCGAAACCCAGGCAGAAAGUGGAGAUCCCCGGACUGGAGAUGGUCACCUACGGGGAAAGGAUGCACUAUGUGCCGGGGCUGUCUAAGCCCAUCUACCCGGGCUGGGAGAGGGACUACAAGGACCCGAGAUACUACAGGUCUCCCCCGGUUCAGGACAUGCCGCUGUACAAAGAGAAACCGUGUUAUGUGUUCAGCCAGAGGACCAGCAUGUUGGAAGGUGUGCGUCAGGCUCUGUGGUUGACCAAAACAAAGCUGAUCUCUGGUCUGCCCCCUCAGCUCGUCUCAUUGGCUGAGGAUCCUGCCAAUCAGAUACCAGAUCAGGAUGAGCGCGUGCAGAAUGCCAUCAAACAUGCGCGCUUCUGGGACACGACAGUGGAGCGCCCAGGCAAAGAGAAAUACAGCAACACUCUGCUCAUCAACCUGAUGCAUCUGUGUGCGACUCUGCAGUCCGUUCACCCUGCGAUAGGAAGGAGGAUCCUCGCUGAGAAGUACUUAUUGGCAGCUACAUGGAAAAGAGGUGAGGACCUGUUCCAGAUUAGGGGUCAGAACAGAUUAUUGCACAACUGCAUGGAUCCUCUCCCUGAGGUUUCUGGGAAACAGGAAGUGGCCGACACGGCAGAUCAUGUUCUGGAGACCUUCUAUCCCGUCUCCCCCACCAUAGACCUGCAGAAAAUACACAUGUACGAGGAGGAGGUGAACUGCUCAGGUUUCAGGGAUGACUACCCUUAUCCUCAUGCCCACACACUUUACUUCCUGGAGGCAGCUGAUGCUCGCUGUAAGCUCCGCAUAGACCAGUUCAGAGCCAACAUGCUCAUGUUCACCUUUGGAAACGCUCUGGCCCGCGCUCACAAACUGUAUGGGACCCAGCCCCAGUGUGUAUUAGAUCGCCCUAUAACAGUCCAGGCUGUGGGGACCAACGGCAGAAUGUUCCAGUUCAUGGUUUUCCAGCUCAACACUACAGAUCUCUCAGGAGACAACGGUGUCAAGAACCAGGUGUGGCUGGAUGAAGAUGUUGAGCUCUAUGAAUUUGCAAAAGUGCAACCACUGAUCAAGAAGAAACAAGUGAAGGUACCAGCUGGUCUGGCAGGAUACAAGCCUGACGCAUUCAGCAAGUUCCUGGCCCUGUACCUGCAUGGAGCUGUGUAGGAACUGCUUCAGUGUGUGUGUGUGUGUGUGUGUGUGUGUGUGUGUGUGUGUGUGUGUGUGUGUGUGUGUGUGUG